UCGCCGUGGAGGCGAGACCAUGAACGAGACAUAAAAACGAUCAGUUGUCAGUCGCGCUCUGUUCUUUGUCGAUGUUGUUCUACGUGCACGAGUCCUGAUAGUACCUGCCUCCAGGGGACGCUUUUUAUUUCAUCUUUGUUGACGUCCAGGAUCACUGCAGCGUUUCGGCAACAUGGCGUACACGAUAAAUCAAUUGUUCCACACGGGGAUGUUCCUGACAUACGCGUUCACGUUCUACAGUGUGACCCAACUCAACAUACCCUCGUUGAACGAUGCGUUUAAAAAGUUUGAUCCUGGACUAUUGAAAUACUUGACAAUGUGGGGCGUGAUCAUUCAAGCAGUAUUCUUCUUGAUAUGCUCGUUGAACGACUGGUUCGGCACCAAUGCCGUGAGUCCCAAGAAACCACCGUUUUUACGCAAACUAAAGGAUUUUAUGCACGCGGUUUUCAGUUUCCCGGUCGCCAUGUUCGUCGGGGUAACAUUCUGGUCUCUGAUGUUCGUGGACCGCGAAUUGGUAUUUCCAAAGGCCAUUGAUCCUUACUUCCCAUGGUGGUUGAACCAUCUGAUGCACACGAUGAUCAUGGUGUCGACCUUGUUGGAGACGAUUCUGACGCCAAGAAAAUACCCGUCCCGAGCGAAAGGAGUCUCUGGUCACUGCCUGUUUUUAUUGGCAUACUUAAUUUGGAUGCACAUAAUCUAUUAUAAAAGCGGCAUCUGGGUGUACCCGGUCAUGGAAGUGCUCUCAACUCCUGCGCGAAUCGUGUUCCUCUCGACGAUGUUUUUGUUCAGCACGAUGUUCUAUUUUAUGGGAGAGACGCUGGACAACUUUGUUUGGGGUAACGAAUACACUAAACACAAAAAGUCCCAUGCCAAGAGCAAGUAGCCUCGCUCUGUGAUUAGCUACCGACUUCAUCGUAUUCUAUCCCCUCUAAGGUGGUGGUGAAUAAAACAAAAUCGGAUGAAACGUUUCUCAAACCCUUCCCUCCCCCCAUACUCUUACCGUAUAGCAUGCAUUAUUCGGGUAAAUAAUUUGGAACCCGUAUUACCAGUAACGUGCAUGCAACAGAGCGCGCGUUUUAUAAACAAAGUAUUCGAGAAUAACGCGGUGUCGUUAACCUGCGAGAGGUUUGCGUAGCUGAAGCAUGUAGGUGAUGAUUUCUCGCGUGGCUUGCGUUUCGCGUCCGUUGCAAAAAUGGGAGACUAAUUGUAAAAUUCGACACUUUACGCUGUACAGUGCCUGAUAUACAUAUACACGCUGAUGUAAAUAAAAAUACACGCACAACAAUACACACAGCUACAUUUUGUACGCUCGACGAGCCUUAGUUACCGGUAGCAAUGAAACAAUCAAAUAAAUAAAUAAAACAACAAGAACAAAAGGAAGACACGUGGUGCACGGAAAACAAAGAAACAGCGAACUGUGGUUGCGUAUGAGGAAUACAUGUAUGUCCGCGUAUGCCAGAUUCGUUUCCUACAUCAUUUUCUCGAAAACUAAAAUCGGGAUGUAUUUGUACCGAGUGUAGGAAAAAAAUACGUAGCUGAGAGUAACGGACCAGAUUUGAAAGCGUAAGAGGAUCCGAGCAAGAGGACCGUGGUUUUGCAGACCGAUCAGAAAAAUGGUUAACAUGUACCUGUUCGUCGAGGGGCUUGUGCAAAGAAGACAGAUUCUUUUCGCCGAGAAAUGCUGUUUUUACGCGACGAAUCGUAUUCACGAAAAAUAAAGUUCAACCCUCUCCUUUUGUACAGUAUACUAAAAUAAGUUACUUCCAUUGAAGAAAAUUGUAGGAUUUAUUGAUAAUCUUUGUUACACCUGGACGAAGUUGAAUAAAAUUGUUACAUUCGA